CACCCCUCAACCUCUCCAACAUUCUUUCCAACAUCCUCUCCAGAGAACCAACAUCAACCAACCGCCAAAAUGCCAAUCUACCACAUCGUCCUCUUCCGCCUCAAACCCAACGUCACUCCAACCCAGCUCACAACCUGGUCCCAAACCGCUCAAAACAUGGUCGGCCAGAUCCCAGGCCUCCGAUCCCUCAAGGCCAACACACCGCUGCCUAUCUGUGUGCCCCGCGCGAAGGGCUUCAAUAUGGGUCUCGUGGCUGUGUUGGAGGAGGCCAAGGAUGUGGAGGUUUAUGCAGGGCAUCCGGCGCAUCAAGAGGUGCAACGUAUGCGCGAGGAGCUAUGCGAGGAGACGCUGGCUUAUGAUUUGGAGUUUGAGGAGUAGACUGUGUUGCAACUAUAUUUUACUUAGUACAUAUGAUAUAGAACCGAUCAAUUCGCUGUUAUCAUAUAUAUGAAGUAUCCCAACCUGUAUAUAACGGUGAAUCAACUAUUAUCCGCACACG